UGUAAUUUUUUUGUAGUCGUGAAAGCAAAAGAAAAAAACUUUUUUAAACAAAUAAAUCUAAGACUUUAAUGUACAAAAGAAAGACCUAAACCCCGAAGACAAAAUAUUUAGAAGCAAAAACAAAACAGAAGAAAAAGAAGAAUAAUAAUUGCGGUUUGAGAAUGGCACCAUUUAAAUUAAAAUUUCGCAUGGGUAGUUCCCGUAGCACAUCACAAGAACAUGAACCAGAUCCUCAGGUAAAUGAGGCCUUAUUAAAUCAUCAAACUUUUGGUGGCAUUGGAGCAAGCUCAUCAACCAUAGAUUCGGUGGAUUGCAAUAGUUUGGUCUCACUCAAUACCAGUGAACGCAAACUAUUGUUGCCCAACAAAAGCAACAAUCUUAAAAUGGGGUUCAUAAAUCAAAAUCAAGCCAAACAAGGAGAAAAUAUACCCAGUACACCACCCCCAACAUAUGAAUGUGUUUUGGACGAGCAACGACAAUUAGCCAACGCCACAGCUUCAAGGAAUGAUAAUGAUGAUGUUAACGAUCAAUUAAACUCUUGUUUAGAGCAAUUAAGUCUCAACGAAUUACCCUGUACGGAUCCAAAUUGUCGCGAAAACUUUAAUACGAAUAAUAAUAACAACAACAACAACAACAAUAACAACGAAACACUUAACACGAAUCAAUUACAACAGCAACAACAACAACAACUUCAAAACGAACAACAACCACACGAAGAUCUUAUUAACGAUCCGAACGAUACAACAUUAAAUAACGUUGAAAAUCCGGCUAACGAAGACGAUCGCAAAGAAUCAAUAGAUUCUCAAGAAUUUUUACUCGGUGAAAAUAUGACAGAUUCAUCAUCAGAUCAGGAGCGAGAACAACUUGAGAAUAGUUGUUCGGGCAAUUGUCAACAGUAUAGUUCGGAUGGUCAACAAUACAAUACAGAUUGUCAACAGUAUAAUAAUGAUGGUACGGCAUCGUGUUCGGGUGGUCAGGGUGAGAGGAAUCAAAGCGGUGAUUUCUAUGAUCCUUUAAUGAAUCACAGUAUAUAUUGUAAUGAUGCAUCCCAUUACGAUGAGGAUUAUCAAAAUCAAAUGUGUGAUCAUGAUGGAAAUUCGGGCGAAUGUACCAACGAAUGCGGUAAUGAAUGCUCCAACGAAAAUCACUGGGAUGAUAAUCAACAGUCAAGUUCACAGCACAAUUUGCAAUAUGAAAAUUGUGGCGAACAGCAGCAACAUCAACAGUAUUAUCAACAGCAUCAGCAGCAGGAACUAUCACAGACACCGGAAAUAAUAAGUAAUAAAUCGUCAAAAGAAAUCUACAAGGACUUGGCCAAGGAAUGGGGUAUAACGUGUAAAAUGUCAGACGGAUGUCGUUGCAUGGAAUGUCAAAGUCAUUAUUUCGAUUGUGAAUACGAUGAUAAUGAACAUCAAAAGACCGAUGGUGGUUUGGGGGCAGGAACACCCAUGUUUUUGACAGAAGUCAUGCAUGGUUCGGCCUGUAAUAUAUUGUAAAACGAAUGCAAACACCCACCCACACAGAAUAUUUAUUCUCACAUAAAUUUUUUUGGAAGAAAUUUUUGUUCUUCAAAACACUGGCUAAAAUUACAAAUGAUAGAAUCAUAUUUUUUAGCUUAAAAUCUUAAUUAAAAACAAAAACAAUUAUAUAUAUUUAAAUAUAUUUAGAUAUGCACAAACUGGCAUAGAAUCAAGUAUUACAACAAAAAAAAAUAGUUUCAAAUUUACAAAAAAAAAAAAAUCAAGCAAAAAGUUUAAAUGAACAAAAAAAACUCAAAAAUAAAACGUUUUAAAAAUCCCAAUUUUUCGUGAUUU